AUACCAUUAUAUAGAAAAAGAGUCAUUGAGUUACAUCAAAAUGCAAUCACAAAUUUUGUAGAAGACAAAUUUGGCGUCAUCGUCUCAAGAUAAAUCGAAUGCUAAUAAAAGACGACCAUUUUACAGUAAAAAGUGAAUAUUUUGUUAAAAUGAUGCAUUGUCUUCGUCAUUUGAAAACCAUUGUUGCCAGAAAUCCAAUUCAAAAUCAAGGCUGUGAAAUAGUAUUGCAUAAAAACACAUGUAAAGUUUUAAAUAGAAACAUACUUAGGGCUUUGUCUGUCACUGCAUGUGUUCACAAGAAGGAGUCCACAGCUAAAGCUCUGUCUAGUAUAAAACCGAAAUCAAAACAUGAUACUGUGCAACAUUUCGUCGAUAUAAAACAGGUAAGAACAAUCGGUGGAAACGGCGGAAAUGGACUGGUAUCGUUCUUACGAUUGUGGGUUAAUGAUCGGGCCGGUCCCGACGGAGGCGAUGGUGGAAAUGGUGGUCACGUAAUAUUCGAGGUGAAAACAGACGUAAAAGAUCUUAACCAUGUAGAGUCUGUAAUUAGAGCUGAAAAUGGAGAGAAAGGUUAUAACAAGGAUUGCUUCGGUAAAAAUGCGGAGCAUAAUGUGGUUUAUGUGCCUGUUGGCACGAUCGUGCGUGAUACGGAUGGUAGGAUAUUAGGCGACCUGGAUAAACCCGGAAUGAUGUUUAUCGCCGCGAGAGGUGGUGCCGGUGGGCACGGAAAUGCCUAUUUCAAAUCGAAUGCCCAACAGUCACCUGAAAUAUGCGAAUAUGGUGCAACCGGAGAAAAUUUAGAAUAUGUGUUGGAAGUAAGAAGCAUGGCCCAUAUAGGAUUAAUUGGUCUACCAAAUGCUGGUAAAAGUACACUUUUAAGGGCAAUAUCCAGAGCCAGGCCAAAGAUAGCGGCGUAUCCUUUUACUACUUUAAAACCUCAUAUAGGCAUGAUACAGUACGAUGAUUAUGAACAAGUAGCAGUGGCUGAUAUGCCCGGUCUCAUAGAAGAUUCGCAUAAAAAUAAAGGACUUGGCAUAACUUUCCUCAAACAUGCUGAACGUUGCGCCGCUUUAAUAUUUAUCAUAGAUAUUACAAUGGACGAGCCAUGGGUGGCUUUACAAACUUUAAAAUAUGAGAUAAGUCAGUUUAAUGAAAAACUAAACGAUAGGCCUCAUAUCAUUGUAGCCAACAAGAUGGAUUUAUCAAAUGCCGAGGUUAAUUUACAAUUAUUCAAGGACCGUGUACAUCUGCCGAUAAUACCCAUCUCCGCUAAAAAGGGCAGUAACAUUUCCACUUUAUUGAAGGAAAUUAGAAUAUUGUAUGAUAAUCUUAAAGUUGACGUAUCAGAAAAAGACACCGAAAUUUUUGUAUAACACAAUAAAGUAUUCCAGUAAAAAUGUAUACAAAA